AUGUCUAAAAAGGUGGCUGCCACGGAUCAGAUCGUCAAGCUGAUAGUUGGUGCCGGUGGUGCAACACCUUCGCCGCCAGUUGGUCCGGCCUUGGGUAGUAAAGGUGUCAAGGCCAUUGAUUUCUGCAAGGAAUUCAAUGCUCGAACCGCUCACAUCACCCCUGGUAUUCCCAUUCCUGCCCGAGUCACAGUUCGCCCCGAUCGCUCCUUCACGUUUGAACUACGAACUCCGAUGACUUCCUGGCUUUUACUUCAAGCUUCUGGCGGUCGAAUGGUCAAGGGCAAGAUAAGGGGAGCUCAAAAGCCCGGCACAGAGAUUGUCGGCACCGUCUCUUUAAAGCACAUUUACGAGAUCGCCAAGAUCAAGCAGUCCGAGAUGCGUUUGUCGAGCUUAAGUCAUCGCGCAUUGUGCAAGACCGUGAUUGCGCAGGCAGCGACGAUUGGAAUCAAAGUCGUACCUUAG